GUAGCGCAAGGCAUCGAAAAAGCAAUAGGCUUCGACAAGUCGGCUUCCAAGCUCUACGCAACAAUCGACCUCGAAAAAACCACGGUGGCUCGCACUCGAGUCAUCGAGCCCCGACACUCGAACCCGAGCUGGCACGAAUCUUUCCACAUCUACUGCGCUCACACGGCCUCCAAACUCUCGUUCACCCUCAAAGUCAACAACCCCAUCGGAACGCACCUCGUCGGACGAGCUUACAUUCCGGUCGAUGACCUAAUUCACGGCGAUGAAGUCGACCGGUGGCUCGAAAUCCUCGACCACCACCACAAACCGAUACACGGCCACUCCAAACUCCACGUGAAGCUACAAUUCUACGACGUCACGCGCGAACGAUGCUGGUCGCACGGGCUAAAGAGCGCCAACUUCCCGGGCGUUCCCUACACAUUCUUCCCACAACGAAAAGGAUGCCGGGCGACUCUAUACCAAGACGCGCACGUUCUCGACAAUUUUAUUCCAAAAAUACCCUUACGCGGCGGGAAGCACUACGAGCCGCAUAGGUGUUGGGAGGACAUCUUCGACGCGAUAUCCGAAUCGAAACAUUUGAUUUACGUGGCCGGAUGGUCGGUCUACACAGAAAUCAAACUAAUACGCGAUACUAAAAGGCUGAGGCCCGGUGGAGGAGAUAAUAUUACACUCGGCGAGCUACUCAAGAAGAAGGCCGACGAGGGGGUUCGGGUUUUGAUGCUCGUGUGGGACGACCGGACGUCGGUCAAGCACUUGAAGAAGGACGGCGUGAUGGCCACGCACGAUGAGGACACGGGAAGCUAUUUUCGCGGGACGAACGUGCAUUGCGUGUUGUGCCCUCGUAAUCCGGACGACGGCUCGAGUAUCGUUCAAGGCUUACAAGUGGACACUAUGUUCACCCAUCACCAGAAAAUCGUGGCCGUCGAUUCCCGAUUGCCGAGCGGAGAUGAAACGACGAGGAGGAGAAUCGUGAGCUUCAUAGGCGGCAUAGAUUUAUGCGACGGGAGGUACGACACGCAAAGGCAUUCGCUAUUCGGGACGCUUGCCUGGCCCCACUUUGACGAUUUUCAUCAGUCGAAUAUUCGUGGGGCGAGCAUACAAAAAGGCGGUCCUCGGGAGCCGUGGCACGAUAUCCACUGUCGGCUCGAAGGACCGGCCGCUUGGGACGUGCUUUAUAAUUUCGAGCAGAGGUGGCAGAAACAGGGCGGAAAGGACGUUUUGCUGCCGCUUGUCGAGAUGUCGAACGUUUUCAUCCCACCUUCACCGGUCACAUUCCCCGAUGACCACGAGACGUGGAAUGUUCAGGUGUUCCGGUCGAUCGAUGGUGGUGCGGCUUUCGGUUUCCCUGACUCACCCGAGCAAGCGGCCAAGUCCGGAUUAAUAAGCGGCAAGGACAACAUCAUCGAUCGAAGCAUACAAGACGCCUACAUUCACGCUAUCCGGCGUGCGGACAAGUUCAUCUACAUCGAGAAUCAAUACUUCGUGGGGAGCUCGUUUUCGUGGGGCUCAAACGAUAUCAACGAUCAAGAAGUGGGGGCACUAAGCCUGAUUCCGAAGGAGAUUUCAUUGAAAAUCGUCAGCAAAAUCGAAGCUCGUGAGGAAUUUAAGGUUUAUGUGGUGAUCCCGAUGUGGCCCGAGGGGUACCCGGAGAGUGGGGCCGUGCAAACGAUUUUGGGUUGGCAGAGGAGGACUAUGGAGAUGAUGUACGUCGACAUAGCAAAAGCGCUUAAGGCCAAGGGUAUAAAAGACGAUCCUAGAAAUUAUUUGACGUUCUUUUGUCUCGGGAAUAGGGAGACGAAGAAGAAUGGAGAGUACGAGCCUCCACGAAAGCCUGUAGCCGGCACGGAUUACUUUAGAGCUCAAGAGGCUAGGAGGGGUAUGAUUUAUGUCCAUGCCAAGAUGAUGAUUGUUGACGAUGAGUACAUAAUCAUAGGCUCGGCAAAUAUCAACCAGAGGUCGAUGGAUGGUGCUCGGGACUCGGAAAUCGCGAUGGGAGCCUAUCAGCCAUAUCAUUUGUCCUGUAAGCGUAAUAAACCGGCCAGAGGUCAAAUUCACGGUUUUCGCAUGGCGUUGUGGUACGAGCACGUGGGCCAGCUGGACGAUGCCUUCUGUUAUCCCGAAAGCUUAGAGUGUAUUCGAAAGGUGAAUCGAAUUGCGGAAAGGAAUUGGAGCUUGUACACGAGUGAGACUUUGGAACAUGAUUUGCCAGGACAUUUGCUUAGAUACCCGAUUGGAGUCACGUCAGAUGGUAGAGUUGUCGAGCUUCCUGGGGCAGAGCUUUUCCCGGAUACUAAGGCACGAGUGCUUGGCUCGGGAACUGAGUUCUAUCCGCCGAUCCUCACUACUUAGUAAUAAUAAUGCCACAAUCCAAUGAGUUGCAUCAUAUUGACUGAUGAAUGAUAAAUGAAAAUCUGGAUUGCUNAAAAAAAAAAAAAAAAGUUAGUCUAUAGUAUUAUUAAGCUAAGCACACCAGCUAGCUACUCUACCUGCCACAAAUUUAUCAAUUUCUGUUAAUUUAUUGUAUAAUUUGCAUUAACAUGAUCUGAAAUGAUCUUCAUUUCUACCCAUUUAAUUUAGUUUUUAUCAGGUUGCUGUUCUGUUGUAUUGGAUGCAGCCAAAAUGUC